AUGAAAUCAUCAUCAUCAAUAAUAAUAAGAUUAUUAUUUUUAUUUAUAUUUAUAUUUGGACAAAUAUGUAGUAUUAAUGGAAUGGAUGAUGGAUGGUGGUCAUCUAGUUCAGAGGGACCACAGUGUGCAGAGGAUUGUACGGUACCGCCUAGUAGCUGGGUACCAUCGGCACCGUGUAUGCAGUGGGGUUGCAAUGGCACGACGGGACAGUGUGGCCAAGUAUCCAUGUGUCCAACCAUCUUGGGAUGCUAUGAUGCCGAAUGCACAAUGGAAGGAUGUCGGUACAACGUAUCAACCUGCUACUCUUGCGAAAACCAAAUGAUGACCGAUGGAGGAGACUGCUACGAAAGACUUUGUAAUACCACCGAUGUCUUGGUCAUCAACAAGUGUGCAUCACCCGAUCCAUGUCAAUACAGUUCAUGUAACGAGGCCACCAAAAAAUGUCAGCUUUCAGUCCCACUAUGUCAACCCUCUACAACAGACCAUUGCACAUUACACCAAUGUGAUGCCACCCAACGAAAAUGUACUCAAAAAGAGAAUACUUGUGAUCAACAAAAUCAAUCAAAUUUAAAUUCAAAUUGUACACAAUUUAAAUGUAUAAAUGAAGAAGGAGGAUGUGUAGAGAGUGAUAUUGAACCAUUCCCAGAGCACUGUGUAGCAAGUGUGCCAACCAAACCACUUGGACCAGGAGUAGUGGCAGGUAUAGUGAUUGGCGCGGUUGCAUUGGUUGCAGUGGCCGGUGUAGCUGUUUUUAAAGCCGUCAAUAGUGUCUCCCAAGCACAGUCCAUCUCCAACACCAAAAUGAAUGGUGCUAAUAAUAACCCAUUAUUCCAACCUAAUCCAGCUGGAGCUAAUCCUCUUUAUACAGAACCCUAA